AUGCCACGUAAGCUACGUAAGAAUAUACGUAAGAGGAAGGGAGCAUUGAAACAUCCAAUAGUAAGACUAACACCACAACAACAGUUGCAACAACAAAUGCUGAAUGACCCCACUAUGUUGCAACAAAUGUCAAGCAACCCUAUGCUUUUAAACCGAGUUAUUGGUGCACAGAGUGGAGGUUUAAGAGCGGCACUUUUAGCGAAAAUGGCAGGCUAUGGUGGAGCUGCAGACGGAACAGCUUAUAACCCUCAAAGUCAAAUGAAUUUGAGUUCACUCAAAAAUCAAAUAACAGAUGUCAAAAAGUCAAACAUAGACAUACAGAAACAAAUAAGUGAAAACGAAAAGAAACUAGAAUAUGACAGACACACAAAGAAACUCAAUGAGUUAAACGUAGAGAAAAAGAAGAAAGAAGAACAACUGAAAGAACUAAGUACAGAGGAAUAUGCGAAAAAAGUGUCAGAAAAAGCAGCAGAAGUAGCAAAAAUGGAACAAGAUGUUAUAAAUUUGAAAAACCAUACUACUCGAUAUAAAGUACUGAAAGAUGAAGAGAUAAAACAAAAAGCCCUGAAGACAUAUAUGGAUAGCGAUGAGUAUAAAAAAGAAGUUGAAGCAAAUGUAAAGGCAGAAAAACUUUUACAGUUGCAAAACCAAACCGUACAGUAUGAAAACUUAGCACAAGAAA